UUUAUUGUUUCUGGUUACCAAAGCAGAUGCUGGUAGCUUGAAGAGUUUGGGAAGUUCAGAAGGGACAACGUGUGGCAAUUCUCCAACUGAAGCCAAGGUGGUAGAUGAUGGAUGCACCUCAAAUUGCAAAGAACAAAAUCAAAAUGAGAAGCAGAAUCUUGCUCCGGUUCCAAAAACUUUUUCUGUCUUUGAGAUGCUUGACCAUAAGGAGGUUAAUGUGGUCGAGGGAUUGAAACAUUUUGAAUCGUUACUUGAUGACUCGGAAGUUCCCAAACUUGUUUCUUUGGUUAAUAAUUUGAGGGCCGCAGGAAAAACAGGACAAAAUCAAGGUCAGACUUAUGUGGCCUUAAAGAGGCCUAUGAAGGGACACGGAAGAGAGAUGAUUCAGUUAGGCCUUCCAAUUGCAGAUGCACCUCCAGAAGAGGAUAAUGCAGUAGGAACCUCCAAAGAUCGGGGAACAGAAUCCAUCCCUUCCUUGCUGCAAGAUGUUAUUGAACGCUUAGUAGGCAUGCAGAUUAUGACUGUGAAGCCAGACUCUUGCAUCAUUGAUUUUUAUAAUGAGGGUGAUCACUCACAGCCUCACAUUUUCCCACAUUGGUUUGGAAGGCCUGUUUGCGUCCUGUUCUUGACAGACUGUGACAUGACCUUUGGAAAAAGUAUUUCGAUAGGACAACCUGGGGAGUUUAGAGGCUCUCUCAAGCUUUCUCUUACACCUGGGAGAUUAUAAGGAAGGAUAUUAUAUUGGAGUGGAAGUAGCUGAAGGUGACCCAGAAGCAGAAAAACCAUUUUAUGGUCCAGGCUGAGAUUCAUUGCGGACAGGCUGAGAUCUGGAGGCAGAUUACUGCUGCUGGAGACACUUGUACUGAAGUGACAGAUUGUAUAAGUCAAGUUUUAGGACUUCAUAUUCUGGGUUGGUUGGGCCGGCUUGCUUUCCCUCCUCCUCGAUGUUUAUUAGUUCUUCCACCUCGGCCUCUCUCUUGUGGUGUUUUCCCUAAUUUUGAUUCCAUAUUUGUUCCUCGAGAUAAAGAUGUGUCUAAUUGUGAAGGCUCUGCUGACCUGCAUCAUAGUCCUUCAAUUGUUGAAUUUGAUGAGACGUCAUCACAAAUAUCUUGUCGUGACGCUCAGUCUUCGAGUGAAUUGUCAAUCCCCAAGAGUCCUCCUGCUUUGCUAAAAGGUAGCGUAACAACUUUAAACGUGGAUGUGCUUGAGCAGACAGUGUUGCAUGUUCAAAAUCAGCUUCUUACCCAUCUUGAAUCAAUGAAUCCGCUUCAACACGAGUCCAUGACACAGGUGGUGGAAUCUACUUUUAUCGUUUUGGAUCGUCUAUUAGUUAAUUAUACACCUUUUCAAGAGCUUGUGAAGGAGUUCAUUGCCUGUGCAUCAUCAGACAAUGGACAAUUAGCUAUGAGUGUUCUAUGGGGGGCUAGCAGUGUUGAGAGUUAUUGACCAGGAGAAGCGUCAAGCUCAUUGCGCUGAUGUUGGUUCUCACUUGCUCAAGCGUUUGAGAGCUCUUCAGCAAACACAUGAAAGUAAUUACUCUUGAAUUUAACAUUUGUAAAAAAAUCAUCACACUUUUGUCUGUAUACGGGUAUCUAUUGUAAUUUAAUAGAUAAUAUUGGCCUUGCCCUUUUAGAGCACUUCCUCUAAGUCUCCAAAUUACAUUGAAAUGUGAAUCCUGUGAACCAAUUGUUAGGUUUCUAUGCACUAGUGGAAUUUCUUUCCUUAGUAUUAAAAACCCAUGUACGUAAUAUAGUAUUCCCAUUAAUCAAUGAAUGCAAACCUUAAGAAGGUCACUGUUAAUUUAA